AUGAACGCUUAUUGUCCCUGUAACAUUAGAAAAGCUUGUACCUUCAUCAAGUCCAACCUUGAUCCCAGCAACGUGGAUUCUCUCUUCUAUGCUGCCCAGUCCAGCCAGGUCCUCUCAGGCUGUGAGAUAUCUGUUUCAAAUGAGACCAAAGAGCUGCUGCUGGCAACAGUGAGUGAAGACUCUCCUGUCUCCCAGAUCUACCAUGCAGUUGCAGCACUCAGCGGUUUAGGGCUUCCCUUGGCCUCCCAUGAAGCCCUUGGUGCUCUUACGGCUCGCCUCGGCAAGGAAGAGACCGUGCUGGCAACUGUCCAGGCUCUGCAGACAGCGUCCCACCUGUCCCAGNAGGCUGACCUGAGGAACAUUGUAGAGGAGAUCGAGGACCUUGUUGCUCGGCUGGAUGAACUAGGGGGUGUGUAUCUGCAGUUUGAGGAAGGACUGGAGCUCACAGCGCUGUUUGUUGCUGCCACGNACAAGCUCAUGGACCACGUGGGGACCGAACCGUCUAUGAAGGAGUGGCCUUUGUUCUAUUCAUUUGUGUUCUGUUUUGUUUUGACUUUCCAGUUGCAAGUCAGCAAUGUUUUGUCUCAGCCUCUGGCUNAAGCUGCAGUGAAGCUGGAGCAUGCUAAGUCCGUGGCUACCAGAGCUACUGUCCUGCAGAAGACGGCCUUUUCACUUGUGGGGAAUGUUUUUGAGCUAAACUUCAAGAAUGUUAAACUUUCCAGUGGCUACUAUGACUUCUCUGUCAGAGUUGAAGGUGACAGCCGUUACAUUGCAAACACUGUAGAGCUUCGAGUCAAGAUCUCCACUGAAGUUGGCAUCACAAAUGUUGAUCUUUCCACUGUGGAUAAGGAUCAGAGCAUUGCACCCAAAACUACCCGGGUGACCUACCCAGCCAAAGCCAAAGGUACAUUCAUCGCAGACAGCCAUCAGAACUUUGCCCUGUUUUUCCAGCUGGUAGAUGUGAACACCGGAGCGGAGCUCACCCCUCACCAGACAUUUGUUCGACUUCAUAACCAGAAGACUGGCCAGGAAGUGGUGUUUGUUGCUGAGCCAGAUAACAAGAAUGUAUAUAAGUUUGAACUGGACACCUCGGAAAGAAAGAUUGAGUUUGACUCUGCCUCUGGCACCUACACACUCUACUUAAUCAUCGGGGAUGCCACUUUGAAGAACCCAAUCCUCUGGAACGUGGCUGACGUGGUUAUCAAGUUCCCUGAAGAAGAAGCCCCCUCCACUGUGCUGUCCCAGAACCUGUUUACCCCAAAACAGGAAAUUCAGCACCUGUUCCGAGAGCCUGAGAAGAGGCCCCCCACAGUGGUGUCCAAUACAUUCACGGCCCUCAUCCUCUCGCCCUUGCUCCUGCUCUUUGCACUGUGGAUCCGGAUUGGAGCCAAUGUCUCCAACUUCACCUUUGCUCCUAGCACAGUCAUCUUCCACCUGGGACAUGCUGCGAUGCUGGGCCUCAUGUAUAUCUACUGGACUCAGCUCAACAUGUUCCAGACCCUCAAGUACCUGGCUGUCCUGGGCACCGUGACAUUUCUGGCUGGCAACCGAAUGCUGGCCCAGCAUGCAGUUAAGAGGAUCGCUGCAGAGCAGAGCAGUAGAUUGGCAAAAUAUAGGACACUACGGACAGCACAUUAGUUCCAGAAGAAGUCUGAAGAACCUGAAGGCUGAAAUGAACAUUUAACAAGGAGUGGAGACAGUUCAUAGUGUGAAAGGAAGAACUGGGGAUGGACAGGAAAGGAGAAAAUACCUGUUAUUUAAAAAGAGAAAAGCUGAGCUGUGCUUACACGUUUACUUGUUUCUCACUUUUUGCUUACAUGUUUGGGCCCAGAUUGUCUGUCCCUUUGUCUUGAUACCUGGCAAGAUGCUGUGAAUACCCCAGGUUACCCAGAUGUUGUAUUUGAAAAGUUGAAAUCUGUAAUUCAUCAGCUUUGGAAUAAAGAGAAUGGUGGACUCCCA